GGGGUGUGCCGGGUUUAGUUAAGGACUUUGUAUGAUAUACUGCAGUUGCAUCUGUAAUUUUGUAUGCUGUGGUAUGUUGGGGUGGGGAACAAGGCCAGCCCAAGAAUAAGGUGCUCUCUGAAAAUUGAGAUUAUAGGGACCUGUCUUCCCUCAUGAAGUAUAAAUCUCACCCUCUCCAUGACACAGACUAUGUGUAGCUUAUUUACCAACAGACUUGUUAACCCUCGUUGCUCAAAAGAGUGAUAUAGAAGGUCUUUUCUUCCAUCUGCCGUGAGAAUGUUUAAUCAAAUGUGAUCAUGAUUUGUGUACCUUGUGUCUGAGAUGUUGUGUUUGGUAUAGUUUUCAUUCACUGUAUAUAUCUUAUUUAUAGUAUCUAACAUAUCACCAGUUAGUAUUUCAACACUGUGACUGAAAUGACAGAUGCUCUUACUGAUAAAAAGGUUGGUUGAAGAUGCGAGUGACUCAACGAUUUCCUAGACAUUUCUAUGAUGAAUGAACCCAAAUUAAAUUAUCAUUCUGUCAUCACGUCAGAGGUGAGUUGAUGCUGUACUUUCCUGCUGCUUCUCCUCUAUCCUGCCAAAAUAAAAGCAAAACGUGAUUUAGGCAGCAUGUUAACAUUCAGUUUGUGGCAAGAAUGAAGGGUUUUGCAAUAUAAGUUUCUACAGUAACACAGAGGAGGAGCCUGAGAAUCUGACAGAUAUAUAGAGAUUGUGUCAGACUGAACAACACAAGGCACAACAAACGAUUUAAACAGAAAACAUUGAUAAAUCUCUGCAGUGAUCAGCUGAGAAAAUAUUGAGAAGAUGGCGAUUAUGGUGUUUGUCGCGGCUCUGCUCUCUGUUUUCAUGGGGUUUGUUGUGUCGGUUCCUGAUGGAUUCAAGCCGGUCGACUGUUCUGACCUUUAUAAAGCAGGACAAACAGUCAGUGGGAUUUACUCCAUCUAUCCAGCAGGUGACGUUCCUGUCUGGGUUUACUGUGACAUGAUCUCAGGUGGGAAAGAUGAAGAUAAAGGAGGAUGGACGGUGUUUCAGAGGAGAAUGGACGGCAGUAUUAAUUUCUAUCAGCCGUGGAAUCAGUACAAGAGAGGAUUCGGGACCACUGAAGGAGAAUACUGGCUGGGGCUGGAGAACAUGUACCAGCUGACACGUAACAGGAAGUACAUGCUGAGAGUGGAUCUGGAGGACUUCGCUGGAAGGAAAGGUUUUGCUCUGUACUCGUCCUUCUCUGUGGGUCCUGAAACUGAGGGGUAUAAACUGGAUGUUUCAGGAUUCAUUGAUGGAGGAGCAGGCGACUCUUUAUCUUACCAUAAUGGUCAGAAGUUCUCCACCUUUGACAAAGACCAAGACCCCUAUGAUGGGAACUGUGCCAAACAGUUUCUCGGGGCAUUUUGGUAUGCAGUAGGAUGUCACCAUACAAACCCCAACGGUGUGUAUUUGUGGGGAGAAGACAACACACAUCAUGCCAUUGGUGAUGUUUGGAAAACCUGGAAAAACAGCUUCUCUGUCGGUAUGAAAUUCAUCAGCAUGAAGAUUAAAUGUGUGUCUUAGAAACAUUAAUGUUUUCAGGAACAAAUUAUCUGCUAUUGUUUCCAAAAUAUAACAAAUGUAAAGCUUCAAGGUUUUACUUUCCUCGCUGUAAGUAAAUCAAUGUAUAUCUUUGGUUUUGUUCUUUUGAUUUACUUAAACAUGAAUAAAUCAAAUAAACU